CCUGGAAAGUGGCGGAGCGCUCUGGAGAAGCCUGGACAGCCUCGCUCCCCCGCAGCCAGGUGCUACGGUCGGGAGUAAAGUGAGAGUCCGGCCGUCUUCGAGCGCCUGGGCCACGGCGGCGGCCCUGGGAGCAGAGGUGGAGCAACCCCAUUACUCUAAAGAUGAAAGGCUGGGGUUGGCUGGCCCUGCUUCUGGGGGCCCUGCUGGGAACUGCCUGGGCUCGGAGGAGCCAGGAUCUACAUUGUGGAGCUUGCAGGGCUCUGGUGGAUGAACUAGAGUGGGAAAUCGCCCAGGUGGAUCCCAAGAAGACCAUUCAGAUGGGCUCUUUCCGAAUCAAUCCAGAUGGCAGCCAGUCAGUGGUGGAGGUGCCUUAUGCUCGCUCAGAGGCCCACCUCACAGAGCUGCUAGAGGAGGUAUGUGACCGGAUGAAGGAGUAUGGGGAACAAAUUGACCCUUCCACCCACCGCAAGAACUACGUACGUGUAGUGGGCCGGAAUGGAGAAUCCAAUGAACUGGACCUACAGGGCAUCCGAAUUGAUUCAGACAUCAGUGGCACUCUCAAGUUUGCGUGUGAGAGCAUUGUGGAGGAAUAUGAGGAUGAACUCAUUGAAUUCUUUUCCCGAGAGGCUGACAAUGUUAAAGACAAACUUUGUAGUAAGCGAACAGAUCUAUGUGACCAUGCCCUGCACAUAUCGCAUGAUGAGCUAUGAACCACUGGAGCGGCCCAGACUGACAGGCUUGAUGGAUCACCCCCAGGAGGGGAAGAGGGUGGCAAUGCCUUUUAUAUUAUGUUUUUAUUGAAAUGAACUGAAAAAUUGUGAAACCAAAAGUA